UUCUCCCUCCACGGCCUCCGCCGCCUCCGCCGCCGCGGUCAUCCCUAGCGCCGCCCCGCCGAUCGUCGGCACCUGUCCCAACAUGUGCCCGGGUAACACCCUUCGUCCAAUGCCUCUCAGCCUGCGCGGAGCUGUUAACCUGUUCGGAGAACCGAAGCUCCCCACCGGGUUCUUGCGGAGCUGACGCCCACCAUCGGUUCAACGAAAUUACGCCAUCAGUUCGUCUAGCUUCAGCAAUUGGUUGACGUUUAAACUCAUUGAUGCUAAUGUUUCUGUUGCAGCUACGGAGAGAGCGCAGAGAGAGCGGCUCCGUGAUCUGGCUAUGUUUGAGCGUGCGAGCAGCGACCCCAUGCGCACGUCCCAUUCCCUCGCGGUCAAGAAGAACUAUCUCGUCUACCAGCAUACAGGCAUCAGAUAUACGCCCUCUUCCAGUCUUGCGAGAAACGAUGGAUUAUCUUUUGCAUUUACUAAAUUCUUCAGAGUACCCAUUUGAGAUAGUUCAUGAUUUCAUAUUCGAUAGAACAAGGUCUGUGAGACAAGAUCUUAGUAUACAGAAUUUGGUGAAUGAUCAAGCUAUUCACAUAUAUGAGGAUGUGAUAAAGUUUCAUAUUCUGUCCCAUCAAAGACUUGCGAGGUCUUGCCAGGAUUCUGAUGCAUCUUCCUUGUGUUACCUGAACACGGAACAAAUGAUGAAAUGCCUUCUUUCUCUGUUUGAUAUGUAUCACACAAUUCAUAAAAUCAAUUCCCAAAGCAAUAAAGAAUCUGAGUAUUAUUCCUUCUUUGUGCUUCUACAUUUGGGUUGCAAGAUACCCAAAAUGGCAAACUCACUCUCUUUUUGGUACAGUCAAUUACCAGCUUCAAUAGUACGAUCAAAGGAAAUGAUAUUUGCUAGAACUAUAUUGAGAUGCUACCACCUUGGGAAUUUCAAGCGUUUCUUUUGCAUGAUAGCAGCUGAAGCAACCGAGCUUCAGUUGUGUUUGUUAGAACCUUUCCUCAAUGAGGUUCGUGCGAGAGCAUUAAUGUACUUCAAUCAUAGUGGCUACAAACUUCAGCACCAUCCUUUGACACAUCUAUCAGAUAUCCUGAUGAUCGAGGAGUUGGAGCUGGAAGAUCUCUGUAGAGUAUGUGGGCUUGAAAUUAGCAGAAGCGGGGAUACUAAAGCAUUUGCUCCCAAACAAACAACCUUCAGCCUACCAACGCUAUUAUCUAAAAGUAGUGGCAUUUACAUCUCGAGGGAGAUCGAAAGAUGAUAAGAGCAUUUUUAUGUUGAAAAAAUCUAAUCUGUAACGUGCGCACCGCUGCGUUUAUGCGGCGGGUCUCCACCCACGUCUGAUUUAUUUUGUUUCUUUUAUUUUCUGAAGCCACUCGUCGGACUUCUUAUAGGCGAGUGAUUAGGUGGUGUGACCAUUUCUAUCAUACAGUGCUACAGUACCCAGCGACAGCAGUGCACGACAUGGUUUGGUACAGUAUGAUGAUUCGGUUUCCGCUGUAGUCCAAAGUACACCACGGCAGUAAAGUUUGCAUGUUAACGCUA